AUGGCCGACGACAUGUCCCCCGACAUGACCCUCGACGACUACGAAUUCCCCACCUCCCGUUUGCGCCGGCGCAUUCAGUCCGAAGACCGCACACCCCUCGUCCUGAUUGCAUGCGGCUCCUUUUCACCUCUCACCUUCCUUCAUCUCCGCAUGUUCGAGAUGGCGGCAGACUAUGCGCGAUUCAACAGCUCGUUUGAAGUCGUCGGCGCCUACCUUAGUUGUGUCGGCGAUGCGUACAAGAAGACUGGGCUGGUCAAGGCGGAGCACCGGAUCAACAUGUGCUCGUUGGCGGUGCAGCAGAGUAGCUGGAUCAGCGUGGAUCCAUGGGAGGCGCUGCACUCGGAGUACCUUGAGACGGCGAAGGUGCUGGACCAUUUCGAGGAGGAGAUUAAUGGGAAGCUGGGCGGAGUGGAGACGCCGGUGGGCAAGAAGAAGUGUCGGAUCUGUUUGCUUGCAGGUGCGGACCUGAUUCAGACGAUGAGUACGCCGGGGGUGUGGGCGCAGGCGGAUAUUGAUUAUAUCUUGAGGAACUUUGGAGCAUUCAUCGUUGAGCGCACGGGCACAGACAUCGACGAGGCUCUGUCAACCCUUCAGCCAUGGAAGGACAACAUCUGGGUCAUCCAGCAGCUGGUGCAGAACGACAUCUCAUCCACCAAGAUCCGCCUUUUCUUACGGCGAGACAUGUCGAUCCGCUAUCUCGUCCCCGAGCCCGUUGUGGCAUACAUUGAGGAGAACGGGCUGUAUGACGACGACGGCGCAGGCAGUACGGGAAGCGAUGGCAAGGGCAAGGGCAAAAGCACGAAUGCGCCGGGAGAGAGUGGAGGCGUGGCGUCGUCGUCGGCGGCCUAG